AUGUUCAACGCAACCACCCGGCGCGCCUGCGCCCUCACCCCCAAGACCCGAAUCCUCCAACACAACCAACCCUCGCGCUCAAUAUCCCACCUCCACCCCCGGCCACGCCCCAAUGGCCUCAACACCACGCGGUCCCGCCUUCCCAGCGGAGUCCAGCAAACCCGCGCCCUCUCCUUCAUGCAACGCAUGAAACUCGGCUUCCGGGCCGCCUCGAAAGACAUCUGGCGCAAGAACCCCAUCCUGCUCCCCCUGGCGCUCUUCUCCACCGCCGGCGCGACCCUCCUGUUCACCUACAUCGCCUACACAGAGUACACGACGGUCGGGCCGCAGUAUCACAAGUUCCCGCCGCCGGUGGUGCGGUCGCUGCGCACGGCGGUGUAUUAUACCGAGGUGGAUCUGAACCCGCCGAAGGCGCUGGAGGCGUAUAAAGAGGCGUUGCAUAUCGCUGUGGAGAUGGGGAUGCAUCCGUUUUCGGAUGAGGUGGUGGGGAUUAAGUUGCAGGUGGCGAUGAUGUUGGAGAAGGCGGGGUUGGCGAAGCCUGCGGUUGAGGUCCUGGAGAGGACGAAAAAGGAGGUGUUACAGUGGGUUGAGGAGGAGAGGAAGAAGGAAGAGGCGGAGGCGGAGGCUGCGCAGAAGGGUCAGAAGAAGGAGGUUGCGCUGGAGGUGACGGAUCCCGAGCUUUUGGCGGAGCAGCGCAAGAUGCAGGAGGUGGAGGCGUAUGAGCGCGUGCAGCGGGAUAAAGCGCUGAAGAAGGCUGUCGGGAUCGAGAUGAAGUUGGCGGAGCUGUACUCGAGCGAUCACAUCCAGGAGGACGCCAAGGGGGAGGCAGCGCAGGUGGCUGCGGUGGAGCUGUGUCUGGAGGAGAUGAGACGGCGACAGCGCCUGGGUCUGCCGGUGGGUGGCGGAUCGCAGGACAACAACGCUUGGUUGAAUCUGACGGAGAUCGCCACCGCACUGUCGGAUCUGGCGUCGCGAUACACCGACCAGGACAAGCAUGAGCUCGCCAUGCCGCUGUACCUGCGCGCUCUGGACCUCCUCCGGGUCGACGAGGGCGAACAGCCUACGUGCAAGCAGGUCGUGCUGCUCAACGACGUCGCCAGCGCCAUGGCGGGACAGGCCCAGAAGCCGAUCCGGGCGGCGGACCCCAGCGCGGCGCGCAAUCAGCUCAUCGAGGCGGCGAAACAGUGGGCUCAGAAGUCCGUUGAGGUCGCUGCGAGAAUCCAGCCGCCUGUCCGUGACGAGAACUGCGAUGCGUCCUGCGUGGCGGCAACUUACAACCUCGGCGAACUAGCGGAGCUGCAGAACAACGUCAAGGAUGCGGAGAAGUUCUACAAGAAAGCCAAGUCCCUAGCGCAGGGUCUUCAAUACGAAGAAGGAAUUGCGAUGGCCGAUGGUGCCCUGAAAAGGGUGACGAAAAAGUGA